UUAAUUUUAAACUAGCUAACGUGCUAGCUUGAAGUAACGCUAUUGUUUCCAAUUUAAGCCAUAAUGACGAAGAUUUUUACUAAACCGUUAUAUUCUUUAAUAAGAUAUAAUCACAACUAAAUCAAAUGUAUAACUGGGUUACAAAAAACGCUGCUCCACAAUAAUAUUGUUGUAAUUACAAAGUUUAAGCACUGAACUGUAGGGGCUGCUAGCGUUAUGUUGGACGUAGAAGUUGAACGCUAGACGGCGGCAGCACAGUAUGAUUUGUCCAAUGCCAUACAAUGACAGUUUAGCUUGCUGCCUUCCCUCCCAGAACCUCCCACCCGAGGUGAUUGAGAUGGCGUCCUUGAAAUAUAAAGGUUCCCCCAGGAAAAAGACCAACUCAGAGCUUGAUGUGAUUGUCAGCAGUCUAAGGGAGGAGAAUGCCUAUCUGAAGAAAACCCUGGUUGAGUUGUCUCGUCAACAUUCAGAACACAAUAAGCUCAUAGAGAGAUUCCUCUCUCUUGAAACUGUUAGGCUAGAGAGUUGUCAGCAGCUCACAGCCAAAGAUGAGAAGGUUGCGUUGCUGUCAAAGCAGCUGAGUAAGAAAGAAGGAAAGCUGAUGGACGUAGUGAGUAUGAGGAGAAAGAGAAGCAUAUCCAGUUACUCCAGAGAUAUUGAAGAAAUCAAGAACAAGCUUGUGAGCGUCUCAACUAGGUGUCAAUAUCUUGAGAGCAAAGUUGCACAGAAGAAGGACUCGACUUCAGAUGAAUGGACCUCAACCAACACCACAAUAGAGCUCCAAAAUCACCUAAAUUAUGCCUUGGAGAAGAACAAGCAGUGGCUGGAAUAUGACCAGCAGAGAGAGGCCUAUGUGAGGGCAACUCUGGCCAGAAUGUUAUGGCUGGAGAAAGAGCUGAACAAAGCCAAUCAGGCUCGCUCACAGCAACACAAUGAGGACCAUUCAGAUGUGAGGGAGCGAAUAAGCCAGGUGCAGGAGCACUAUGAAAGUCUCUUGCAGAAAGCCAAAGACGAGCUGGAGGUGCUCAGGGAGCAGCUCGACAUGGCCCACCAGAACCUGAAAGUUACCCAAGACUGGUGCAAAGAAAAGGAGAGCGAGGUGGAAGAGCUCAAGCAGCAGCUGCAAACUGAAAAUAUCAGCAUAAAAAGUGCACCUGAAGAUCAUCAUUGCUCUGAGGAUGAAGAACAAUGGCUGACUGCUGAGACCGAAGACCUCCAGUGCAGACUGGAUGAGGAGAAGCGCAGGUCAACUAACUUUGAGAUGCAGAAGUGCUUGAAAAAUUGUCACAGUGAAGACCAGGAAAAGAUUGCAGAUCUGGAGCGACAGGCGCGUCACUCAGAUCAUGUUGCCACCACUAUUUUCGAGACCCUGACUAUCACUGCUGUUUUCCUGGUCUCCGUGGCAUCAAAUGCAGGAGCUGCAGCCCUGGUAACCUGGGAAUGCAGACUGCUGGCCAACAAGACCAUCCUGACCCUCAACUUGUUUGUGGCCGACCUGCUGUUUGUCAGCAUGAUCCCACUGAUUGUGGCAGUGCGGUGGACUGAGUCCUGGAUGUUGGGGUUUACGGCCUGUCACACUGUGCUGUAUGUCAUCUGUAUGAGCGGCUGUGCCACCAUCACCACCCUGGCCUCCAUCAGUGUGGAAAGGGUCCAAGCCAUCCUUCGGCUGCAAGCUGUGCCCAUUUUAAACCGCAGAGUGGUGAUUGCCACCCUCUUCUUCAUCUGGGCCUUUUCUGCACUCACCUCCAUACCCCUCAGUAUUUUCUUCACAGUGAUGGAAGUGGAUUUCCCUGAGCAGAAACAUGUACACAUUUGUACUCUCAGGUGGCCCGACACAACUGCAGAGAUUGUGUGGAACGUGACCUUCACUGCCCUGUGCUUUCUUCUCCCAGGAUUUAUAAUUGUGGUCAGUUACAGCAAAAUAUUACAGAUUGCCAAAAGAUGUAGGCUAGGGCUCAGAGACAGACAGCCAGUUAGAAACUCCCUUGAGUACCAUGUGUCCCGCCAGGAUAUGAAGCUCUUCCGUACCCUUCUGGUCCUUGUGCUCUCUUUCUUAAUCAUGUGGAGCCCUAUUUUCAUCGUCACCUUCCUCAUCCUGGCCAGGAACUUCCUGGAUAAUCUAGAUGUUUCUUCUACCAUGUUCUUCUGGGUGGUAACAUUCACAUUGGCCAACUCAGCCCUCAAUCCCAUCCUUUACUCAGUCCGCCAGUUCAAGAAAGUCUGGCGCAGGUUCUGCUGUGACUCUGUUAUUGUACCACUGAGCAGUGGUCAAGUGCAAGGGAUACAGCCAUGAUUAUCGUGAUUGUUUUGUCAAAUUGAGGAUUUAAACUUACAUAAAGCAUUCAGCACACGUUUCACACCUCAUGACAUUUGAUAUACCUCUCAUGUAAGAUACAAUACUCGCUCGUAAGUGAAGUUAUUAUAUUCAAAUGCAGAAAUGAUUUCAUACUAUUAUAAGAUUAAAAUACCUUUGAAAAAGCAAACACUGUAAAGAUAAGUAAUUGUAUAAUAAAU